CUGGGACAAGGAGGCUGAAACAGCCUCUCCCCCCACCCACCCCGCCUCCCUUCACCGCUCUGUAAUCUCCGGGCCCCGUCAUUAUGUAAAGCGUGUACGUGGGAGGGGCCCCGUGCCUUUUGGAGAGUUCUGCACGGGAGACACUGGGCACGCCGACCGACGAGAAGGGUGCGGGGGGGAACGCGAGACGUUGCAGCUGUCCAAAGGGAAGAGCGAAGAGAGUUGAGGGAAGAGGGCAGGCUUACCACCACCACCUCCUCCUUCUCCUUCUCCUCCUCUUUUUCCUUCUCCGAAGCCAGCCCUUUUGAAGUCUUGUCUUCCUUGGGAGAGCCUUGAAACCCAAGAAGGAGAGAGAGAGAGAGAGCAAGGUUUUGAGAUGAGCUAUUUUACCAACUCCUAAAGAAAGAAAUCCUGGAGGUUCUAAAGAUCUGGGGACCGCCGAUGCAACACCACGACCUAAAGUUUCCUGCUUUGAAAGAUGGUAUGGAUAUGAACUUGAUUCUUCGCCGGGACUGGUACGGAUUGUGACCAAGGCACCGAUCGAAUCUCUUGGGAAUCCUGAGCAGUCUUUUGGCUAAAAAGGAGAGAGAAGUCUGAAUCCAGAGGUUGAAUGGGAACUACAUAAAGGCAAUUUAAUUCAGUGAUUGUAGAACAUGUACUUUCUGGGCAGAAAAACCUUGAAUCCCACCUCUUGAAUUGUUAUUAAAGACUUUUACAGACCAGAUCUGAGAAAAGAUUGGUCACUUGGUCAGCUGUUAUCAAACUGAAGGAAAAGUACCAGACAAAUAUGGGUCAAAGAACAGACUUGGUGUCUUCCUUGUGACCGUGACAUAAAGACCGGCAGAAUUUGAAGAUCCUUCUAUAAACACUUCCAUUUUCCAAAACUCAAGAGGCACAAAAUCGUAAGGCGGGACGUGGGAUGGCUUUGGACAAGAUGCUUCCUGAUUCGGGACAACCCGGCUCCUUCCUUUCCACAAACGUCAUUACAAUAGUGGAAAAAUGUAUGAGUUCCAUGCAAGCCGGCACGCAGAUGAUCAAACUCCGAGGUAGCUCCAAGGGCCUCGUCCGUUUCUACUACCUAGAUGAACACAAGUCGUGCAUUCGUUGGAGACCCUCGCGAAAAAAUGAAAAGGCUAAAAUCUCCAUAGAUUCCAUCCAGGAAGUGUGCGAAGGGAAGCAGUCGGAGAUCUUCCAGCGCUACGGCGACGGCAGCUUCGACCCCAACUGCUGCUUCACCAUCUACUAUGGGGACCACAUGGAGUCCCUCGACUUGGUCUCCUCCAACGGGGAGGAAGCCCGGAUGUGGAUCACCGGCCUCAAGUACCUCAUGGCCGGGAUAAGCGAUGAAGACAGUCUGUCCAAGCGGCAGAGGACGAGAGACCAGUGGCUGAAGCAAACCUUCGACGAAGCCGACAAAAACGGCGACGGCAGCCUGAGCAUUAACGAAGUGCUGCAGCUCAUGCACAAGCUGAACGUCAACCUCCCCCGCCAGAAGGUCAAGCAGAUGUUCAAGGAGGCUGACACGGAUGACAACCAGGGCACCCUGGACUUCGAAGAAUUCUGCGCUUUCUACAAGAUGAUGUCCACCCGGCGUGACCUGUACCUUCUCAUGCUCGCGUACAGCAACCACAAGGACUUCCUAGAUCCCGAGGACCUCAAACGUUUCCUGGACACCGAGCAAAAGAUGAGCAACGUCACCAAGGAACACUGUUUGGAAAUUAUAAACCAGUUUGAACCUUGUCCGGAAAACAGGCAGCAAGGAGCCCUGGGAAUUGACGGGUUCACCACUUACAUGCGCAGCCCUGCCGGGGACAUUUUCAACCCCAAACAUUACCACGUCAACCAAGACAUGACUCGCCCGCUGAGCCACUAUUUCAUCGCCUCGUCCCAUAACACCUACCUCAUGGGAGACCAGCUGAUGUCCCAGUCCAGAGUGGACAUGUACGCUUGGGUUCUGCAAUCCGGAUGCCGAUGUGUGGAAGUUGACUGCUGGGACGGUCCAGACGGCGAGCCGAUUGUCCACCACGGCUACACCCUGACCUCCAAGAUCCUUUUCAAAGAUGUGGUUGAGACCAUCAACAAAUACGCCUUCAUCAAAAGCGAAUACCCCGUCAUUUUGUCCAUCGAAAACCACUGCAGCGUUACCCAGCAGAAAAAGAUGGCCCAAUACCUGGUUGAAAUUCUGGGCGACAAACUGGACCUGUCUACGGUCAACAGCGAGGAUUCCAACGAGCUGCCUUCCCCGGAGAGCCUGAAGGGGAAAAUCUUGGUUAAGGGGAAAAAGCUUCCAGCCAACAUCAGUGAAGAUGCCGAAGAGGGCGAAGUUUCUGACGAGGACAGCGCCGAUGAGAUGGAUGAUGACUGCAAGCUAAUGAACGGGGAUGCUUCUUCUAAUCGGAAACGGGUGGAAAACCUCGCCAAGAAGAAACUGGACUCUCUGAUCAAGGAAUCUAAAAUCCGGGACUGCGAAGACCAAAAUAAUUUUGCCGUCACCACCUUGUCGUCCUCGGGGAAAUUGGGGAACAAGCCUGAUCUUAAGAAGAACAAGCACGAGGAGAACCCGGAAUCCGGUGAAGACCCGAUCCUGAGCAAACGCCACAACCGAUCCCUGAUGGGAAGCCUGACCAAACGCAAGAAAAAAUCCAGCAAACUCAAAAGGACGCCGAGUUUGGAAGACAGGGAAGACGACUUCGAAUGCCAAGGAAACUUAAGUAGAACUUCGGUUCAUUAUAGCAAAACAAAUCGGCAAAAGAAAACGAUGAAACUCUCCCGGGCUCUCUCCGAUCUGGUGAAAUACACACGAUCCGUCGGAAUCCACGACGUGGAAUCGGAAAUUUCUUCCAGUUGGCAAGUCUCCUCCUUCAGCGAAACGAAAGCUCACCAAAUCCUCCAGCAAAAACCGGCCCAGUAUCUCCGCUUCAACCAGCACCAGCUCUCCCGGAUCUACCCUUCUUCCUACCGGGUGGAUUCCAGCAAUUACAACCCUCAGCCCUUCUGGAACGCCGGCUGCCAGUUGGUGGCCCUGAACUACCAAUCCGAAGGGAGAAUGCUGCAGCUCAACCGCGCCAAGUUCAGCGCCAACGGCAACUGCGGCUACAUCCUCAAACCCAAGUGCAUGUGUCAAGGGAUCUUCAACCCCAAUUCCGAAGACCCGCUUGCCGGCCAGAUGAAAAAGCAACUCGUCUUAAGGAUCAUCAGCGGACAGCAGCUCCCGAAACCUCGCGAUUCCAUGCUUGGAGACCGAGGCGAGAUCAUAGAUCCGUUUGUGGAAGUCGAGGUGAUCGGAUUGCCCAUGGAUUGUUGCAAAGAGCAAACCAGAGUUGUGGACGACAACGGUUUCAAUCCGAUGUGGGAGGAAACCCUGGUUUUCAACAUCGGCAUGCCAGAGAUUGCUCUGGUGCGCUUCCUGGUCUGGGACCACGAUCCCAUCGGGAGGGAUUUUAUCGGCCAGAGAACAAUCGCAUUCACAUCCAUGAUGCCAGGCUAUCGACAUGUCUACCUGGAAGGUAUGGAGGAAGCUUCCGUCUUCGUUCACGUAGCGGUCAACGACGUUUGUGGUAAGGUCAAACCAGCGCUGGGCCUAAAAAGCCUCUUUCUCAGAAGUCCAAAGCAGGCCUCUCUCGACAGCCAUGCUGCUGGUCAGCUCAACCGCAAACAUUCCUUUAGCAGUCAGCUUUUACGGCGGACGGCCAGCGCGCCCACCAAGAGCUUAAAAAAGCCCAAGAUCGCCCUGGAUGCCCGAGACGAGAGCUCGGAAGGUGACGGCAAGGUCCCCGCUCUGGAAGACUCCUCCCACCCUCGCUUUGACCAGGAAUCCGACCUCCCGUCCCCGGCGCCAUCGCCUUCCCGAGAGAGUCUCGGCGGCAUGGCAGGGGACCCCAAGGGAUCCAAAGAUAUCCAGCGAUUCUCCAUGCACCAGUCGGCCCCGUCCUUACGCAGCCUCCAGACCAUCCACGAAGAGCCCCUCGCCGCCAACAAGAACCAGCCUUCCAGUUUCCACUUCCUUCUGCCCGCCUGCCCCGUCAGGGCCCCCAAAGAAGACCCCGGGCCUCGUCCUUCCCAGGAAGCUGUUCCAGACGGAAGGGAACGCUUUGAGAGGACUUCUUGUUUGGAGCACCGGACGGUUUCGGAGAGGACGCUUCUCGCGCCCAGCGUCUCGGGAGAGGAAGGCGGGAUGGGAAGCAAGAAAGAAGGAGAAGGUCGGACAAGGGCUCCUUGCCACGGAGGCCUUCUCCGCCCUCAAGUACAGCACCACCUCGUGUCAGACAAUUGUGAGCUCCACCCGGCCGGAGAUGGCCAGAAGAAGACGGACAGGUUAGUUCAAUGGCUGACAAGCGAUGAGAAGAGCAGAGUUGGACCACCAAACCAAAGUGAAAGGGACAACAGCACCACGCCAACUCCACUUCGCGCAACUCCCAAAGGAACCGUCGCAAUCCCCGUGCCUCCGACUGUUGCGAGGAGACCGAGGGAUGAAGGAUACAAGCGGUGCAACCACGGAGUCUCCAUGAAGCCUCCUGAGAACUGUUCUCCUACCCCGGAAGUUUAUUGGGACGCCACGGUCCAUGACCGCAUCUGGAGCAAGCUUGAUUUCAGCACCCACCAGGACAACAUGUCCUCCUCUUCCAGCAUGUCUUCCAAUGACACCGUCAUCGACCUCUCCUUGCCCAACCUUGCCCGGAAGAGCCUUCCCGACCUUGGCGCUCAGAACGCCACCCCCCAGAGAAGAACCGCCAGGCCCUGGUCCGCCAACGCGGCCUCUGGGCGCGAAGGCCCCACAGUGACCAAGAGCAAAUCCAACCCCAACUUGAGGUUGGAUCAACCCCCGGAAGACGACUGGCGCCCAAGGCCUCUCAGCUUCUCCUCGGCGUCCAGAAGACACACCUGGAACCGGUUGUACGUGGAGAGCCUCAAGAGGUCAUGCCUGAAGCCCGAAGAGCUGAAGAACCCCGAUGCCAACCCCGUGAAGUCCAAAAGCCUCGGGGACCUCACCUCGGACGACAUCCGGCCCACUUCGGAGAGCAAGUACCGGAGCAUCAGCCGCAGUUUCGCCACCCGUUCGGUGAGGGCCGCCGGCCAUCGUGGGGCCUUCAAGACUCCGGGAAGUUCUCCAGAUGAACUGACGGAGCGCCUGAAGAAGCUCACCUUCUUCCAGCAGCAGGACGACAUCACUUCUCCCACCUGCCUGGAACGUCCCAACGCCGGGGAGGAAGAGGAAGGUGAAGAAGAGGAGGAGGAGGAGGAAGAGGAAGAAGAGACCAUCCUGAUCCGGAGGUCUUCUUCACGGAGCCAGAGCAGGGUGAGAUACAUCGCCAACCGGGCCAGGCAAGCUCAGGAGAGGCAGAAGCUCAAAAGUUUGGCCCUGAGCAUUGAGGAGCGGGGCAUCCCCGAAGGAGCCUGCUGCUUUCCGGGGGGGCCCUACACGGACCCGGCUUCCCCUGCCUUGUUUACACCCCAACUCAAGAACCCGGCAGACUUGAAUCCCGAGGCCGAAGGCGUCUUCACCUUCAGGCUCUGACAGUGGGAAGGGCUGAACCAGAAAUCGAUGUUUACAUUGCUGUCGGAGCAAAACCAACCGUCCCCCUUUCCCUGGUUUUCUUAAAAUACACAUGCGUAUACGUGUGUGUGUGU